AUAUAGACCGUACUCAUCAGCUUGCGCACUCCAGUUUUUCGGAUCAGGUACAGAUCAUAAGCUGUAAAGUUUCGAGGGCACACAGCCAUACAUAUGGCUCCAGCUCGAGUUGUCGCCGUAAUGCUGCUGGCGGUUGGCAGUGUGCUGCUGUCUGUGGCUGCGGACACCGCAACUGUGCCAUCCCCAGAACCGUUCAUCUGGCAGAAGGCGCAUGCGACAUUCUACGGUGGCGCUGACGCCUCCGACACAAUGGGUGGUGCGUGCGGGUAUGGCAACCUCUUCUCCGAAGGAUACGGGACACGCACGGCCGCUUUGAGCACCGUGUUGUUUAAUGAUGGCGCCGCGUGCGGGCAGUGUUACAAGAUUGCAUGCGACCGCAAGCGUGCAGACCCGUUGUUUUGCAAGCCCGGCGUUACGGUCACCGUCACUGCCACAAGCUUCUGUCCGCCCAACGACGCCCUCCCCAAUGAUGAUGGCGGCUGGUGCAACACGCCAAGGCCGCACUUUGAUAUGGCCCAACCAGCCUGGGAGAAGAUCGGUGUUUAUAAAGGUGGCAUCAUCCCCGUCAUGUACCAAAGAGUUCCGUGCGUGAAGCGGGGUGGUGUGAGGUUCAAAAUCAAUGGUCACGAUUACUUCAAUCUUGUGCUUGUGAGCAAUGUUGCUGCAGCAGGAUCGAUCAAGUCCAUGGAUGUCAAGAGCUCUGAUUAUGAUGACUGGAUGCCUAUGGCACGCAAUUGGGGUGCUAACUGGCACUCGUUGGUGAACCUGACUGGAAAGAUGCUCUCUUUCAGACUAACAAACACUGAUGGACACACUAUUGUGUUUAACGACGUUGUGCCAAAGGGGUGGACCUUCGGGCAAUCCUUUGUUAGCAAAUUGCAAUUCUAGCGAGCAAUAUCUGCCGACCAAUUAAUUUAUCAGGGAAAGUGAUGGAUUUGUAAUAAUUGGUUGCAUAAAGUGCAAGUUACGGUGUUUAAUGUGGGUGUGCUGCUUGUAGCACUGAUCUAAUUUUACAAUUCAAUUUGUUCAUACUCACUGUGUAAUUCAUAUGGUGUACAUAACAUCCAAUUAAUUCUAUCAAU